AUGGCGUGGACCGAGCCACGGUCGAGUCCAGACCCAAAGCCAGAACCGAAACCAAAACUUUACACUCUCAGGACUCACACUUUUUCAUCAGCCUUCCUUCAAGUCCAGCCUCCAAUUUUACUGCCCUUCUUUCUCCUGCUUGCUGCAUUUGCUGACCUAGGUAUUGCUGGUCCACUCCAGCCAGCUUGCCCCCCUCUCCUGUCUGGACAGCCUUUUAUAAUCUUCUGGGGCAUCCCUGAUUCCUCCUGCUCCGGUCGGCCAGAUCCAAGAUCCUUUGGGAUGGAACGGGAGGGCCGCGUGGCCGUCUUUUAUGAGGACACACUGGGGAACUACCCUUAUUUUAUAGACAAGGACACACCGGUCAAUGGGGGGCUACCACAGCACACACGGCUGGACAACCACCUCCAAAAGACACAGCAGGACUUGGAGGCAGUUUUACCUGCCCCAAGGUACCUUGGGCUGGGGGUGCUGCGCUAUGCAGAGUGGGUCCCCCAGUGGUCAAGGAACAGAGAAAGGCAGGCAAUGUAUCUGGAGGCAUCAAGAAACCUGCUGAAGACUUUCUUUCCUCACUGGACCCCUGAGGAGGUGGAGAAGUGGUCACAGGUGGACUUUGAGGCAACAGCCCAGUCAGUAAUGGUGGAAACUCUACGGGAGGUCAAAAGGUUGAGGCCCAAAGCAUUAUGGGGCGUCUCCCCUUACCCCAGCUGCUACAACGGCGAUCCCGCCCAAACCAUAUUAGCCAAUUUCACCGGCCAGUGCCCUGCUACGGAAAUGGCCCUUAACGAUGAGCUUCUGUGGCUAUGGAAACGAUGCUCCGCCCUCUACCCUCUCCUCACCCUGGAGAAGCUGCAGAGUGGGACCUUGGGUGCCAGGCUUUAUUUGUCCAGUCAAAUCAGAGAAUCACUACGAGUAUCAUCUCUGACUGGGACUGCAUUUGAUCUUCCUGUAUUCCCAUUGGUCAAGAGUGUCUACGCCUCAACAAACACUUUCCUGUCACAGGCAGACCUGGUCAGCACCAUAGGAGAAAGUGCUGCCAUGGGAACAGCCGGAGUUGUCAUCUGGGAGAGAAGUGAGACUAAGACAGAGAGAGAGUGUCAGGACCUGGCAGAGUUCGUCCGUAAGGUCCUGGGACCCUACUCCAGCAACGUAACCACGGCAACUCGACUCUGCUCAGCCUCUUUGUGCCAGGGAAAGGGCAGAUGCGUCCGUCAAAAUUCAGAAAGCUCUGCAUACCUCCACCUCCCACCCCCAUCCGAAGUGGUGGAGAAGGUGACUGAAAAGGCAGAGGAAGCAAAAGCCACAGAUCAGCCAGACACAAACACUAAACCCGCUGAACCAGACCCAGCUGAGAUCUGGAAGAAGGACUUCCAGUGCCAGUGGUACAAGACUGCAGACGGGGACGUUUCGGACCAGCAGUCCCCCCAAGACGGAGCAUCUGUUGCGGUUAAGAGGAAGCAGUUCACCAGGUACUGGAAGUCCAACGCCUUCACUGGAAGUAACUACAGACGGUGGAACGAAGCCACUGAGUGCCUCAAACCUGACUGUUCUGCUGUUGCUGGUGGCAAGAAGUCUAUGCUUGGAACAUUAAAUGUGAACAAACCAGCCUCUUCACCUGGAAGGUCUGGGCUAUAA